UCAGAGGGUUCGACUCGCUACACAGGACCUGGAGGCCAAGGCUUGAUCGGAGGGAGAGGUGCAGCCAUGGACUACCAACAAAAACUGGCUGAAAAACUCACCAUCCUCAAUGAGAGAGGGAAUGGGGUGUUAAUACGCAUGAACUACAUUAAGAAGACAUGUGCAGACGCCAAGACGCGGCCAACCCUCCUGACAGAUAAAUCCAUGGAGACCGCCAUCAAGUACAUCAACAAGAAAUUUCCCAACAUUGACUUCAGAGGAAACAUUCAAAAUCUGACCGGCAUACAGCGACAGAAAUCUGAAGUCUUGGCAGCAACAACAAGCUACUAUGACUCUUUCCUGGAUGUCAUCGAGUUCAGGGACCACGUUUAUGAGUUGCUGAACACCAUAGAUGCCUGUCAGUGCUUCUUUGAUAUUGCAAUCAACUUUGACUUCACCAAGAACUACUUGGAUCUGAUCAUCACCUACACGUCUGUGAUCAUAGUGCUCUCUCGCAUCGAUGACAAGAAGGCACUGGUGGGUAUGUUCAACUGCGCCCAUGAGAUGACCAACGGGAGCAGUGACCCCUCCUACCCACGGCUCGGCCAGAUGGUUGUGGAGUACGAGCAUCCUUGGAAGAAGCUCACUGAGGAGUUUGGCCCUCACACAAGGUCUGUGACGGCGGCCUUGCUGUCUCUGAGCAUGGUGUACCCACGCAGGAAUCUGCCAGCAGAGCAGUGGCGGAGCGCCCAGCUCCUCAGCCUGCUCAGUGCUCCAGCUACCAUGCUGGACCCAGCCUGCUGUGACACUAUGGCAUGUGAAUACCUGUCUAUGGAGGUGAUGGAGCGAUGGAUCAUUAUCGGCUUCCUGUUGUGCCACAACAGCCUGAAUACAAACCAGGCCUCCCAGGACCUGUGGAAGAUGGCUCUGCGGAGCGGCCUCUACCUCGUCCUCACCAGAGACGAGGUACUCAACAUACACAAGGUCUCCGAGGACCUCUUCGACAGCAUCAAAGGAUACAACAAGCGGGUCGCAGACAUCAAGGAAUGUCGUGAGCACGCUUUACUCAACAGUGGAGCUAUGCACAGAGAGAGGAGGCAGUUUCUGAGAGGAGCGAUGAUGGAAUUAUUUAAAGUUCUGGAGGAUGAACCUGGACUUCUGGGACCAAAGGCCCUGUACGUUGUCAUGGCUCUGUCAUUUUCCCGUGACGAGGUCCUGUGGCUCGUCAGACACUCUGAGAAUAUGCCAAAGAUAAAAACGGCCGAAGACUACAUUGACAAUCAGAUGGCAGAGCUGCUGUUCCACAUGGAGAAGCUGAGAGGUCUGAUGACAAAGUACAACUAUGUAGUUCAGCGCUACCAUGUCCAGUACCUGGCACAGUUUGAUGCCUUGGUUCUCAAUGACACCAUACAGAAUAUGUAUGUUUGUCCAGAAGAAGAGUCCAUCCUGUUGACUUCAUUUGUCUCAACCCUCUCUGCCUUGUCAAUCAAACAAGUGGAAAACAAAGAGGAGUUUGAUUUCAGAGCACUUAGACUGGACUGGUUGAGAUUGCAGGUAGGAAGGUUUUCUUUGUCUUCUGUUUUAGGCCACACAAGUGUAAACAAGGCCCCUCUUCCAAUAAAGGAAUACACUGACUUAGCGAAGGUGAUGAACAUGAUUCAGUUUCACACCAGGAUGGUGGACAGUUUGGAAGAACUUCUGCAGGAAACAUCUGAGGUGUCCAUACUCGGUUACUACCCGCGUGUCUUUGAGAAGAUGUUUUGCCAGAGCAGUGAGGAGGUGACCAUGAAGCGUUACCUCAUGGCCUUCCCGUCUGUCUGUUCUCACUUCCUCCAGUGUGGAAACCUUCUCUGCCCAGAAGAGACCGAGGCAAUGGAGAAGAGGACUCUGCGCCUGUGUGUGACCUUCCUGGAGCAGCUAGCCAAGCAGACCAGCAGUAUUGUGCUAGAGAUAUGUGCUGAGCAGUGCAACCUCAAUGACCAGCUGCAGCCCAAGCACUGUGCCGAGACCAUCAGCGCAGCUCGCCAUAGAAAGCAAAAGAAGCCGGUGCCAAAGAAGGGAGAGGUCCAGAAAGACAAACCAGGCGCUGAAAGCCAGAGGAAAGACCGGAUCGUCGUUACCAAUCUGGACAAGAUGCAUCUGAUGCUGACAGAGCUCUGCUCCUCCUACAGCCUCUUCAUUGACUUUGUUGUCUUCCACCACAUCGUCGUUCCCACAGAGUUCCUCAUUUCCCAUCUGGAGACACGCCUCUCUGAGAUCAUCGUGAGAAUGGCCAAUUACAACCAGACCACCCAGGAGAUAGCCCGUCCCUCCGACCUGCUUGCAGGGUUAAGAGCCUAUACAGCCAGCCUGCAAAGCCUCUCCAGCUACAUCAAUGUGGACGUCACCCGGUUGAUGAAGAACGUCCUGCUGCAGCAAACACAGCCACUGGACUCACGUGGAGGGAAGACCAUUACGACCAUCUACACAAACUGGUACCUGGAGUGUCUCUUACGUCAGGCCAGCAACUCCCUCAUCGUUCACUGUCCCACGAUGCACUGCUUCGUCAACCAUGCUACUGACAGCGAACCAAGUUUCAGAGCAGAGGAGUUCUCAGAUAUAUCAGAGUUACAGGCCCUGGUGGAGCUAAUUGGUCCAUAUGGUCUGAAGUUUCUGAGUGAGAACCUGAUGUGGCACAUCACCUCUCAAGUCAGUGAGCUGAAGAAACUGGUGAUUGAAAAUAUGGACGUCCUGGUGCAGAUGAGGAACAACUUUGAUAAGCCCCAGGAAAUGGUCAAUCUUAAGAAAAGGCUGACAGGUGGAGAGAACGUGCUGAAGAGGAUGACCAUCAUCGGGGUGAUCCUGUCCUUCAGAUCGAUGUCACAGGACUCUCUGAAAGAUAUCCUGAAUAAGCAUUGCCCAUACCUGAUCGGGCCCAUCGAGUGCCUGAGAGACUUCAUCUCUCCUGAAACUGACAUCAAGGUGACCUUAAGCGUUUUUGAGCUGGCUUCUGCUGCAGGCUUGUCAUGCGAUAUAGAUCCUGCCCUCGUCACAGCAAUCGGCAAUAUGCACACAGAUAACACGUCAGUUGAUGAGGAGUACAAGUUGUCCUGUCUGCUGAUGGUCUACGUCGCCGUGUCCCUGCCUACCCUGGCCCUGGACCCCAACUCUGUCUACAGCAGAGAGCAUGGAGGUCACAACAACAACAUCCACUGUUUAGCUACAGCUAUCAACCAGCUAGCUGCUGCCAUGUUCACGGUUCAGAACAAAAACAUAGAGCAGCACCUCAAAGAGUUUCUCCUGCUGGCCUCCUCGACUCUGCUGCAGCUGGGACAAAACGUGGAAAAAAUGGAGAGCAAAAACCGAGACUCCAUCUACCUGCUCCUACACUUGAUCGUGGAGGAGUCUUCGUUCUUGAGCCAAGACAUGCUGGAGAGCUGCUUCCCGUAUGUUCUGCUCCGAAACGCCUACAGAGAGGUGUAUAGGACCUUCAUCGUCACUCUAGGCUGAAGACUUUGUCAAAUACAUCUGAUGUAACCUUUAUUCAUCCAAGGUACUAUUUUAAUGUGCAUGCAUGUUUUGUUUUCAUUACCGUUCAGUCUCUUAUUCAUAUAAGGUUUAACCAUGGUCUUGGAUAUUUGAUCAUAAUGCCUCUUGUGAGUCACACAUUAAAAAAGAUCCUCCCUCAUUUUACAAACUCUAGACUUACUUUGUUGUUGCUUAUCUGCCAGUAUUUCAGUAUACAUUUACGACUACUGUAGUAUUACUUAUAUAUAUAUAUUCAAUAAUUCAAAUGCAAAUCAGAUAUAUUCUGUAACAUCCCUCAUAUAUGUUACAUCAGUGCCAUGACAUGAUUUGUGUAUUAAUAGUUGCUGUACAACAUUCAUUCUUACAAAUCUAUCACAAAUAAAAAAAUAAAUAAUAA